AUGGGAUUGGAGCCGCGCGAGUGGGGAAGCGCACUUAUUGACCACCUUGUGGGCCCGGCUCUAACGUAUUGGAUAUAUCUACAGGAAACUAUCGACCUAAGCGACUGGGCGACGAUACAGCGCAGGCUUUUGGAGCCGUUCGACAAAACAAUGUCGCGGAGUCAAUUGCUAACGGAGUUGGCUAAAGUUCGGUGGAAUGGUAGCCCGAAGGAAUACACGGACCAGUUUGCGGCUGUAGCGAAGCAUGCUUUAGGUGUCGCCCCCCACGAACGUGCUGCCUACUACUGCACUGUGCUACCGACGGACCUCAUCUUCUAA